GGGCGGGGAAGGGGCGUGGCCUCUGCCUGUCAUGGCGUCCGAAGGCCGCUUGGGCCAGAAGCAGCCGUCUCGGUCGCGGCGGCGGCGGCGGCGCUGCUCAUGCUGCCGCCGCCUGUAGCGGAGACGCCUCGCUGACCGAGGGAGGGGAGCUGUCCGCCGAGGGCAAUGGAGGGCCUGGCGGAGCUUCCGCCGCCGCCAGCUUUGCUUCCUCCCGCCCCCCUGGGCGCGCUCGAGCGGGGCGGCGGCGCCCCUGAGGCGAGUCGCGUCUCCCCUCAGGAAGAGGCGGGAAUCGCCUCAGAGCCUGACGAGGCGGCGGCGGCGGCAUCUGAGGAGACGCGGGAGGAGGAGGAGGAGGAGAAGCAGCGAGGGGCGGGAAGCUCUUCGGCGGUCCUCUCAGAGGCGGCCGCGUCCCUCGCCUCCCGCCUGGAAGAGCCGCCGCCGGUGGCCGAGAGCGCCCGAGAUGCGACGACGCCCGAAAGCCCCUCCCAGGCUGAGGCGACCGCGGCUCCGUCCCCAGGCAGCGGCAGCAGCGGGGUGUCGGGGCCUGGCUCGCUGAGCCCGGCGGGCGGCGAGGAGUCGGCGAGCCUGGCCGACUCGCUCGGCUCCUUCUCCAACCUGCCGUCCUGCGACGGGGCCAGCAUCUCCGACCUCAACGGAGGCGGCGAGGACGACGACUCCGAGGAGGCGGCGGCGGCGGCGCCCAGGAGAGCCCCUGUCGCCGGCGGAGAAGACGACGACGAGGAUGGAGUCAGCCCUAGCAAGGGGGCUGCGGCAGGAACUGCCUCCGCCGCCGCCGCCUCUUCGUCGUCCUCCUCCGCCUCGCCAUCGCCGCUCCUGCUUCUCCCGCCGGGCGCCAAGGAGCGCUUUCCGGGUCAGUCGGUCUACCACAUCAAGUGGGUGCGCUGGAAGGAGGAGAACACGCCCAUUAUCACCCAGAACGAGAACGGGCCCUGCCCGCUCCUGGCCAUCAUGAACGUACUGCUCCUGGCCUGGAAGGUGAAACUGCCACCAAUGAUGGAAAUCAUAACUGCUGAGCAGUUGAUGGAAUACUUAGGGGACUAUAUCCUUGAUGCAAAACCAAAAGAAAUAUCUGAAAUUCAGCGCUUAAACUAUGAGCAGGUAAUAAAUAACAAGCUCUUCUUAAGAAAUAUGAGUGAUGCAAUGGCAAUCUUGCAUAAGCUUCAGACAGGUCUUGAUGUGAAUGUGAGGUUCACUGGUGUACGAGUGUUUGAGUACACACCUGAAUGCAUAGUGUUUGACCUUCUUGAUAUUCCAUUAUACCAUGGAUGGCUAGUAGAUCCCCAGACUGCUGACAUUGUGAAAGCAGUUGGUAACUGCAGCUACAAUCAGCUGGUGGAGAAAAUAAUUUGUUGUAAGCAGUCAGACAACACUAAGCUAGUUGAUGAAGGUUCCAUAGCAGAACAGUUCCUAAACAACACAGCCACUCAGUUGACCUACCAUGGGUUAUGUGAGUUGACUUCCACUGUUCAAGAAGGAGAACUAUGUGUGUUCUUUAGAAACAACCACUUUAGCACCAUGACCAAACAUAAGGGCCAGCUUUAUCUCCUGGUGACAGAUCAGGGUUUCCUUACAGAAGACAAAGUUGUUUGGGAAAGCUUACACAAUGUAGAUGGGGAUGGAAACUUCUGUGAUUCUGAAUUCCAUCUACGACCUCCAUCUGAUCCAGAAACAGUAUACAGAGGACAGCAAGAUCAGAUAGACCAGGAUUAUCUGAUGGCAUUAUCCUUGCAACAAGAGCAGCAAAGCCAAGACAUUAAUUGGGAGCAGAUACCAGAAGGAAUCAGUGACCUUGAACUUGCCAAGAAACUUCAGGAAGAGGAGGACAGACGGGCUUCUCAGUACUAUCAGGAGCAGGAGCAAGCUGCCGCUGCCACCGCUGCUGCCACCGCUGCUCAGGUUCAGCAAGUGCAAGGAGCUGCGUCUCCAUCAACUGGAAGACAAUCUGGGAGUAGUGAGCGGAAAAGAAAAGAACCUCGGGAGAAAGAAAAAGAGCGAGAGAAAGAGAAGAACAGCUGUGCCAUUCUAUAACAGGAGGGGGACUCUACCUGGACCCAAGCACAUAUCCUUGAAACACAAACAAGGAAUUCUAAGGACUCCAAGCUCCACAUGCCGCCUGUGCCUGAUAGCCCCACAGAGGAUGGUGCCCCCAAGACCAUUGAAGUCAUGCACGCUCUCUUUCAGAGGGGUUUGAAUGAGCCUGCCUCUGCCUUCAAUGCAUUGUGAGAAAAUAACCACCUUUGUGGAGGGGGAGUCCACACUGCCACAGGUUUGACCUGUUGGAACAUAACUAACUCAAAAUAUUUGUUAGUAAAUCUGCUUGUCUCUGUGAUGAAAGGAGUUAAGUGGUUCUCCUAUUGGGCUUCUGCCAGAGGUCUGUACAUCAGUUGCCACAAGAGGACCAUUUAUGGUGUGAAAGCAAUCUUUCAGGCUUCUGGGCAUCUCGCAGCCUGUAGCUCAC